AUGAAAAUCUUGAGCUGGAAUGCACGGGGUUUGGGGAACCCGAGUGCGUUCAGACAUCUUAGGUUGCUUGUUCAACAGCAAUCUCCCCAUGUUUUGUUUCUUAUGGAAACAAAACUCGGUGCUAACUCCAUUACGCGUCUCCGUCAAUCUUUACAUUAUCCUAAUGGCCUUGAAUCUCCAAGAGUGGGGCUUAGCGGUGGACUCAUGCUCUUGUGGUCUGAAGAUGUUGAUGUUAAUUUGCUGAACUUUGGUCCUACUUUUUUUGAUUGCUAUAUGGUGUUCAAAGGCUGUCCAAGUUUUCAUUUUACGGGUUUUUACGGGGCUCCAGAUGUUGCUAAUCGGUCUACUUCUUGGACUCUUUUUAAAAGAUUUGGAGAUGUUGCUCCACUUCAACCUUGGCUUGCUAUUGGCGACUUCAACGAAAUUCUCUCAAACAAUGACAAGUUCGGUGGUGCUCUUCGACCAGAAUCUCAAAUGGAAGCAUUCCGAACAACUUUGGAUAAAUGUUCUUUGCAUGAGGUUCCUUAUAUAGGUGAUCAUUACACUUGGAUUAAGAACCGUAGGGCCUUAGACACAAUCAAAGAGCGUUUGGACUGGUGUUUUAUUAAUAAUCAUUGGGAGUCUUUUUUCCACUCGUCUACGGUUGAACAUCUCGAUUAUUACCACUCGGACCACCGUGCGAUUGUUGCAUCCUUUUCUUUUGGCCCCACUGCUGAUAAUACUGCUAGAAGUAAGAGCCGAUUCCGCUUUGAGAAAUUAUGGUUAGGCGAUCCCGAAAGCGCCGAAAUCAUUUCUCAAAACCGGUUAGAUUCCCUCUCUAUUGACCCGAUUCCGCUUGUCAUUACCAACCCGGAUUCGUGUGCUAAAAACCGCAAUCAUGGCAUAUCAACAAGUAUGGGAAAAUGA